AUGUCGAGUCUCUCCGCUUACACGGCCAUCUCUUUCGGCCUCUUCUCGAUCGGAUGCGUGCUCUUCGCCAUUCCGCACAUCAGCUCCAGCAUUGAAGAGAUCCGUAAUGAGAUGAACGUCGAAAUGGAUGCUUGGAGGGUUCGUUUCACUUUUUCAUACCUUAUCAGUUUCUUUUUUCUUUUCAGUUCGAAACCGACAGCCUCUACCUCGAAAUGAAAAAGUUCGGACGUGUGAAGAGACAGUACGGUGGAUACGGAGCCGCCGCCCCGAACCCGACUCCACAGGGAGGAUUCCCAGGUGGAGCUGCCCCACAGACCCCCGGAGGCUUCCCAGGAGUCGUUGGAAUCCCACCACAAUUCAACCCAGCUUCCGGAGAGCCAACUCCAGGAGGUUCCUGCAACUGCAACGCUGAUAACUCGUGCCCAGCCGGACCAUCCGGACCAAAGGGAGCCCCAGGAGCCGAUGGAAUCGACGGAAUUCCAGGAGUACCAGGAAUCGACGGACAGGACGCCGACGACGCGCAAGCUCAGACUCAGCAGUACGCUGGAUGCUUUACCUGCCCACAGGGACCACAGGGACCACCAGGACCACAAGGAAAGCCAGGAGUGCGUGGAAUGCGCGGAGCUCGCGGACAGGGAGCCAUGCCAGGAAGAGACGGAACUCCAGGACAGCCAGGAACUCUCGGAGGAGUCGGAGGACUCGGACCACAGGGAGAGCCAGGACAGGACGGAGAGCCAGGAGCCGAUACCGAGCACCAGGUCGGACUUCCAGGACCAAAGGAGUUUCCGGACCAACCGGAGAGCCAGGAGACCAGGGACCGCAGGGAGACACUGGCGCCCAGGGAAUCGCUGGACCACCAGGAGAGCGCGGACCACGCGGAGAGAACGGAGACAACGGAGAGAACGGAGCCGCUGGAGCCGCCGGAGAGGAGGGAGAGCCAGGAACCGACGCGGAGUACUGUCCGUGCCCACAGAGACACGACAGCGCCCCAGUCAACGCCAACCAGGGCUACAGAAACAGACGUCACUAG